AUGGAUAAGUUUCGGGUGGUUCUGAACAUUGCCAACAAACAGUCCAACCUUGGUUUUGGACUGUUGGCCCUGAUGACAGCAGGAGGGGAGCAGAUUUUCUCCACAGUGGUGUUCAGUUGUCCCUGCAAUGAGUUGAACUUCAUAUAUGGUUUGAUGUUCCUGCUGGUACCCGGUCUGGCUCUGCUGCUGCUGGGUUACAUCCUGAAUAAGAAGACAUGGAUGCUGUUGACAGGUUUGUGCCAGGGCCAGGCCAAGCUGUGCAGCUGCAAGUGGCUGAGAGCUGCCGUGACAGUCGUCUUCCAGAUCAACAUCACAGCGCUGGUGGCACCUUUCACCUGGAUUGCUGUGGCUCUGCUCAACGGCAACUACUAUGAGUGUCUGAUGACUGGGUCCAAGAUUCGUCCAGUCCAACAUCUGUGUCAAAGAAACAACUCCAAGGUCCCGUGUGAGAACCUGCACAGGUUUCCCUGUAGAGAUGCCAGUGUACUGCAGACUGACAGAGAGGAUGUCCUGGUGGCGUUGAAAGCUCAGUCUCAGAUAUUGGGUUGGCUGCUCAUCGCCUUUGUCAUGUUGUCCAGCGUGCUGCUGACCUGUCUGGCUCGGUGCAGCUCCCCCAUUAGCUACCUUCAGCUCAUGUUCUGGAGGGCGUAUGCUCAGGAGGAGGGCGAGCUUAUUGAAUCAUACACCGCGAAAAAUGCCAAAGAACUUGCCCAGCGGAACCUUCAGAGUUUCUUCAGCCAGGAAACAGCUCAACCCAUCCUCACCCCUUCAAACAAAGACUGGGAGAAGAUCUCCUCCCUCUACAAAUUUAGCACCAAAGGACAGUUCUACAGCACCUUGCACCGCUAUGUGGAGACACGCGAGGAGUGUAACGACGGGAUGAUGAGGAUGGCUUCCAUUGCGUCUAGCAAGUCUGCUGACGACCACCCAGCUGUUCUUCAAUUUGUAGACGACUGCACGAUUGCAGUGUGAAGUCUGCUGAUGUAUGGAUUACACUCAUAUCAUCACUGAAUUACACUCAGUGCAGGUAUGGCUCUUUAGAGUCACCUCAUAUUUGGUCUGAGAGAAAGAAUGUAUUAGUUUAGCUUUUUAUUAGCAUCCAUACACUUACUCUUUGACACAGAAAUACAAAAAAGAAAACUGUUAUUAUUAAAUAUGGACUUUAAUGGGUGAAAUAUGUGAGAUGAUCUGUAUAAUUGCAGAACAGUCGCACACACAGACGCUUUAUACAGACAGAAAAAGUAGUAAAUUUAAGUGGCCACUAUGUGAUGGUCUGGAGAAUGAUGUCCAUCGUAUUGUUGUCUGUAACUGUGCAGUCUUUGAGAUGGCUCUGGAUGCAGUGGGUGAUUGACCUCCUCACGACCGUUGAUGAGUUCCAGCUACAUGGAAAAAAUAUUAUUAUUGGACAUAUCGCACACUCAAAUUGGCAUUGAACUUCUAUGGGUCCUUCAAGGGAUAGUUGACCCAAAAAUGAAAAUUCCCGCAUUAUCUACUCACCACUAUGCCGAUGGGUGGGGGAAGUGUUUGAGUCCAAAAAACACUUUUGGAGUUUCAGGGGUAAACAGCUGUUCAGCCAAAAUCCUAUGCAGUUAAAGUAAAUGGUGAACAAUAUUUCAAAUGUAAAAAAAAACAACAGAGCCCCGACAUUCAUAAUUGACUUGAAACAAGGUCAUAUACAAUGUUUUGAUCCUAAAUGCCCACUGUGUUCCAUCCCCCGAACGAGGCUCUGGAGGAGAAUAAAGCAACAACAAUAUGGUGUAAAUGACGUUGCUUCGAGUUAAAUUUCAAUGUUGGGGCUCAUAGACUUUUGGCUUUGGAUUUGGCUACAAUGCUGAUUACCCCUGAAACUCCAUAGUGGUGAUUAGAUAAUCAAUGAAUUUUAAAUUUUGGGUUGAGAAAUCCCUUUAACAAAGCACAUGCUAAGUGUGAGGCCGAUAAGAAGAACAGCCAUACAGACAAACAGAUUUCUGGAAUUAGUAGAAAGGUGUCGAUGUCUGAAUCCCAGUGUCCAAUGUCCUCUGUGAGCUUUCACAGCCUUUUGCUGUUGUUUUCAUGUGUAAAGAAGUAGGACAUAAUGUUGACGUGAGUCAUGUCAGACAAGUCUCUGUAACAUAUAAUCUGGAUUAUGAAUGGAAUAUUCUAUUAGCAACUCAUGCAAAAGUCAAAUUCAAGACAAUUUCUCCAGAAAAAUGUUCAUAGUCAAAAUCUUGCGGUCCAUGUAAACAUAGUUACUGUGUGUAAAGAAAAACAGAUCAGUGAUAUAAUAAACAUGAACAGCAGCAGCAGUGAUAAUGUGGAAAGAGCUUCCUGUCCACCCAGUGUUUGUGUAGGUUAGAACAGUAUACGUGUCAUCUUCGUACAGUGGUUAAGAGUUGACAACUUCCUGUGCACUUCUGGUAACCUGUGAACAUUCAGCCUAUGUGCAUCAGUGAUGUCUUUAUCUUAACUAUGGCACCCUAUACAAACUGUACACUCAGCCAAGCAAGCUGUAAGCAUUGUGUGCUGUUCAAACGUGAUUUUUUUGUCUAGUGUGAAUCCAAGGUGUUUGAGGCUUUCAGCCAUUUCAAAUGUGUAUUUAUUAAUCAUUGGAGGGUUCAGUGAUUGGUUUUGUGACACUUUCCAGAUCGAUAGAUUGCAGUGACUUUGUUUCACAUUUGUUGGUGAAUAACUGUAGUUCAAAGCAUCAUGUGCUGCUUUUGGAAAUAGCCUACUUCACAUUAUCAGACAUGUUCUAAGUAAAGUUUGGUUUGAACAGGUCUGGCAGUAAUCAUAAUUGGGUCUAGACAGCUAUCUUCCACUAAAGUACACAAAUCAUCAUUAGAAAAUGAAAACUUUUAUAUUUACAUUACUAUAUAAAUAUGUGUCUGAUUAUUAAAUAUUUAAGUGUGACAUUAUACAUAUAUAUGAUCUUACAAAUAAAAAAAUUGA